AUAUGGGUUUGAUGUUGGAGAAGGGACAAGUUCUUUCAAUUGACUUAGAAUCAGUCUUAACAUGCACGCACAUUUAAUUUGCACAUCCCUUACUUCACUCCCAACAACUUAUAUCCGACGUUCUCCCUUCUUUCUUUCCACUCAUCAAGCACUUUCCUCUCACUUUUCCCAGAAAUAUUACAAAUCCCCCCUUGAUCUUCAACACCCUCCUCAUAUAACACCACCCCUCUGCUUCUCAACCCAUAAUCUCUAUCUCCUCAUCAUCAUUCUCCUUGAUAUGGCUCUUAAAGCUCUGGGUUCCUCAUCUUCUUUGUUGCAUAAUGAUCAUGUAGACCUCCAUUCUCUUGAACCUUGUGUUAAGAGAAAACGAACUAAACGUUCACGUUUGGAAGAUUUACCUACUGAAGAGGAAUACUUAGCUCUCUGCCUUCUCAUGCUUGCCAAAGGCACCCACGACCCUCCACCAACACCGCCGACAUUGUUAAAACUCUGUUAUAAGUGCAAAGUUUGCAACAAAGCUUUCUCAACUUAUCAGGCUCUGGGUGGACACAAAGCUAGCCAUCGGAAACUUAUGGGAGUAGUUGACGACCAAUCCGCUACUCCUUCCCCCAUGGUAACUACUACGAGAACGCCCGCUUCUUCUGUCAGUUUAAGUGGCAGGACUCACAAGUGUUCCAUCUGCCAUAGGACUUUUCCGUCCGGACAGGCUCUAGGUGGACACAAGCGGCGCCACUAUGAUGGUGGUAGUAAUAGUGGCGUCGGAAAUAGCAGUGACAAGGAAAAUAAAGAAUUGGAAGGUGUGAACUCGACCCUGAUUAGCCAACUUGACUUUGAUUUGAACGUUCCUACCUUGCCGGAGUUUCCCAUGGUUGACGUUGACCGCAAGCCAAAAAGUAAACUUCCCAGCAGCGGUGGAGAUUCCUCUUCCUGAGAUCUGGAGAGGUCAAUUACAGUGACUGAGGAGGCGAAAACGCAUGGAAUUUGCCUGUGAUCAGAGCAUGAUCAUAGUGAUAAUGAUUAGAGUGGACUUUUUAUUUAUUUAUUUUUAAAUUUAAUGUGAUUCUUUUUUGAAUGAUUUUUUUAAAAUUAAGUUGUACAUAAUCAAGAGUAUUAAUUUCUUCGAAAAAAAAAUAAAAUUAAGUUGUUCAUGAUCAUAGUGAUAAUGAUGAGUUUUUAUUUGCCUAUUGGGCUGAA